AUAAGUUGCGACAUGGACUUCGACAGUGCUUUGACAGUGGUGGGUGAAUUUGGUCGUUACCAGCGAAAGCGCUUCUUUCUUAUAUCGCUUUCGGCGUUGCCUAUGUUCUUUCAAAUGCUUGUUCUUGUAUUCACUGCUGCAACACCGAAAUGGGUCUGUCCAAAAGGCGAUCGAGCGAACUUGAAGCAUUGCAAGUCGCUAGAAAGUUGCUGUUCGGUAGACGGUUCUAUUUGUAAUGGAGCGGAAUUUAUCACGAACUUUACAUCGAUCGCUACAGAGUGGAACCUCCUUUGUGGUCAAACGUACAAGAAUGAACUCACUCAAUCUAUUUUCAUGGCUGGUACCUUGGUAGGAGCGCCACUGAUCGGUGGCCUUGCUGAUAAACAUGGUCGAAAGCCUUUAUGGGUUUCCACUUAUUUUUUAUCUGGAGCGUUAGCCUUUCUGUCAGGACUUUCGCCAUCUUAUUAUGUCUUUGUGACUUUGAGGUUUCUCGUCGGGAUUUUUGCCGGUGGAGGAGGAUUAAUUAUUUUCGUGCUGGCAACAGAAUCAAUCGGUCCCUCUUACAGAGGUUUUGCUGGAACCAUGCUUCAAGUCUUUUUUGCUAUAGCUGUUGCAUUACUAGGACUUAUGGCUUAUCUAAUUCCAAAUUGGCGAUAUCUUACCAUAGUGUCAGCUCUUCCUACAACAUUUGGCUUUUUCAUUGUUAAAACAAUUCCAGAAUCUCCUAGGUGGCUGGCUACCCAAGGCCGAUAUGAUGAAGCUGAAGCUAUCUUAUCAAAGAUCUCUGUUGAAAAUGGUUCUGGAAAUAAACAUGUGACACUUCGACGUGAGAAGGGAACCGCAAAAGGUGGCUCAACGGGAAGAAGUUAUGGAAUCAUUGACUUAUUUUUGAACAGAAGCACUUGUGUUAUAACCCUUAUAAUGAUCAUAAGCUGGUUUGUAAAUAGUCAUGUCUAUUACGGCCUGUCGUUGAAUGUAAAAAACCUAGGUGGUAAUAUGUACUUUAAUUUUGUCUUAGCUGGCUUGGUAGAAAUCCCAUCUUACCUGCUGACAGUCUUACUACUCAACUGGUCAGGCCGCCGCAAAUCUCUUUUCUAUUUCAUGAUGGGUGCUGCAGGCUCAUGCUGGACAUGUAUGAAACUGCAGCAACAAGAAAAUUUAAAUGCUGGCGCACAGUCAGUAGCAGCCAUGUUUGGGAAGUUUUGCAUCUCAGCAUCAUUUGCUGUGUUGUACGUUUAUGCGGCAGAACUCUUUCCAACUGUCAUCCGCAAUGUUGGCAUGGGCAUGGCAACUGUGGCAUCGCGUAUUGGUGGAAUCUUAUGUCCAUUUGUUGUUCUAAUGGGAGAACAAAGCAGAUCUUUACCAAUGUUCAUAUUUGCUUGUAUGUCAUUAGUGGCUGGGUUAGUUGGUCUAAGGCUUCCAGAAACAAAAGGGCGUCCAAUGCCCGAAACAAUGGAAGAUUUGGAGAGAUCAAAGCAAGAGGAUGUUAAAGUCAUUAAAACAUAAUUCACAACAAAACAUUUUAUCUGCAGUAUUAAUCCAUUACACCCUAACAUCAGUAUGCAUAUUCUCCAUACUGUUCUCUAUACAUUUCCAAAGAGGCUGACAAGGAGAAUUUGUGUAACAAUCAAGAGCUGCUUUAGUUGGUGAUCAUUUCAUCUAUUCUCAUGACUUUCAUGUUUGAUUCAGGGGUGAUAUAGUAAGGGAAAAUUAGAUGCUAGUAACUCUGAGAGGCUAAGGGUUAACCUUUUAAACCCCCAAGAGUGACCAGCAUAUAAAUUUUUUUCAAGAUCAUGAGAAUAAAGGAAAUGAUGGCCAAACUAAGAAGAUUUGAUUGUUAAACAAAUUCUCCAUGUCUGUAUGAAAGGACAUGUAUAGUGAAGAGUAUGGAGAAUUUAGGGCUAAAAUGUGAAAUAUCCUUUGUUCUCAGUCCACACACAACUGUAACAAUGAAAUUAUCAGAUGGUAUUAUUACUAUCAUUAACCUUACUUUCAUUUGUUAUGACUGUAAUUUAUUACUUCCACUGUAUGACCAACAGGGGUGAUCAAUGAGUAAUUUCUUCUUAGGUUGGCAUUACAAGAACAAGUAUAAAGGGGACAAGAAUAAAGAGGAAAUAUUAGUUAACCCUUUAACUCCCAUGAGUGACCAAGACAGAAUUUCUCCUUACAAUAUCAAUAUAAUAUCGACCAGAUGAGUGAUGAGAAUAAAGAAAAAUAUCAAUUUGGGGAUAAAUAGUUAAUUCAAUACUAAACUCUCUGAACUAACAUUAUAAGAAUUGUAUGAUUGACAGUAAGGAGAAUAACAAAUUUGAUCUGGGAGUGAAAGGUUUAAGUAAGGGAUACAUCAAAUUCUUAGAACUAAAAUUGCAAAAUGGAUUUAGCAGUAAGAAUGAUUUGAAGUGAGAACUUGGGUUUGAAAGGGUUGACAAAAAAUAUUAGUCAUAUUAUUUCUUUAACUCCCACGAUCUGUUUGUUAAUUCUCCCCUCUGGCUGCUACACAUUUCCUUGUAAAUAAGAUACGAGAAUUUGGUGUCAGAUCGAGGUAACAACUUCAACCUGAUAAGCAUGAAUAUUCUCAUGACACGUUUGCUGGAUAGUGUUUAGAUAUUAUAGGGAGAAGUUACUUGUUAAUCACUUCAGGGAGUUAAAGGGUUAAUGACAGAUUUUACAUUUAAGAUUGCUCACAAUGCAAUUGUUUUUCACAAGAGGGGAUGUGUUUGGUGUGAUCACUAAGUUUACCAGCCUUAAAGGGUUUAUCAGGCACAGAAUUAUUUUAAAAAAUGUUAUAUUUAUUUAUACUUACACAAUUCUAGGGAUGCAAGUUUAGACACAGUACAGAUGUGGUAGGAUUUAGCUGGCCAGUUUCAUGUAACUUAC